AUGUACUCUAACUUCAUUAUCGGAGUUCUAUGUCAGUCCCUGCUUGUAGCAGGAGCUGCAGUGAACGUUGUACGUCCCGAAGAGGCUAGCCUGAAUACAACUGCCAACAGUGGAGCCGACACAGAUGGCGUGGUCACUAUCAAAAUGCAGCUGGGACCUCAGUCCCGUGGUAUGGGAUGGUGGGCCUGGACAUUUGACAAUGAGGAUUGGAAUGAGACACCAUAUGUCACUGAGUCUAUAUCGUCAGCAUACGAACGUAGGGUUGUCACCGCUGCCGGUAUCGCGGGGGCUUCUCACCCGAUAGAUUUAUCCAUUGAAGCGCUGAGUGUGAAUGUAAUUAACAACGAGUGCUGGAUCUCGAUCGCAGGAUCUGGUGAUACUCAAGAUUUUGAUAACUUGAAUACCGGAUUUGCUGAUAUAAACUAUGAGGGUCAAUAUGUGGGGCGCGGGUUUGACGGGUUUGUAAACGGCUACAACAAAUACUUUGCAUUCAGAAUGAACGGAGUUGUCGACCAGACUUACUCAGGAGCAUCCAAGUUGAAUUUCGUCGGGUAUAGUCGCGGAGCCGGUAUAGCCACAUUACUAGCAGCCGCUUACCACCAGUAUGGCCACAUGAAUCACUGA